GGGUUUCUUCGAUUCGGCCUUCUGGCAAUUCGAAGUUUUACAAGCUUCGCACACUAUCCCGGCAAUUCGACAUGCUAUCAUCGCGAUCGCAGCCUUGCAUCGCAAAUUCAUCAGCGGACGAAUGCCUGUGGUACCAGAUGAUCUUACGGAUAAACAGAUCACGUUUGCCAUAGAGCAAUCGAACCGUGCCAUCCGAGAGUUGACGAAAACGUCGACGGAGAGAACCAUUUCAGAUAUGAUGGAUGUAAUGACUGCCUGUGUUAUGUUUUAUUGUCUGUGUUGCUUCCAGGGUCACCAAGCAACCGCUUUAGAGCACCUGCACAGUGGUCUCAAGAUCUUGCAUCAGUUGGACCAGGCCCUUGACAGUGAUACAGACGACCUUGAGAUUCAUCCUGUUUCGUUGAAGACCUUGCGAGCUAUCUUCGUAACCAUGGACGUACAGGCUAGAGGCGUUAUGAGCAAAGAGAUGCUGGAAACCUGGGCGAAAAGACCGAAGCGGAAUUUUAGUCGUCCUCCGAAUAGAUUCGUCACGUUUGCACAGGCGCGGUACGCUUUCGAGGCUUUGUACCACGAGUUGAUCGGAUUCAUGCAGGCUCUUGAUGUGGAACCACCACCAGCAGGGGUUGACGCGUCGCAGUGGAUUCAGAGCGAGUAUGAGGUGUUCCAGAGCGAGUUCAAUGCUCUGAGCAUCUGCCUGGACCAGUUUCUGGCGCGUUUAACGCACAUCACCGCCCAAGAGGACCGCGAUUCGGUACUGGGAAUCAAGCUUUUCCGUGAACAGAUACGAGUCUACCUGAGGCUCUUCAAAGGAUUCGACCCGGCCAAACGGACGCGUGAGAUCGAAUGGUGCGUGGAAGAACAGGACAUGAAAUUAAUGUUGGAAUUAGCUUGCGAGUUGCUCCGGGCACCGCCGGAUAUCAGUGUUCCUGCCGGGGCUCAGCCUGACGAUUACUAUCCGAACACAACUGAUCCGAAAUACGAUACAAAGAGCGACAUUCCGGCCUAUUCCCGCCCAGUGUUCUCGUCAAACACUGGCUUAUUAUCUGCUCUGUGGCUUGUGGUCAGCAAGGCGAAGUCGUCUACGCUACGACGUCGGGCGAUCGCGCUCAUGCUGGACUUCCCACGGCGAGAAGGGAUCUGGGACGGCGUUGUAGCAGGAAGGGUUGCCUGGGAAAUACUGAGGCUGGAGGAGACGGCCGUGGAUGGAGUGCUUGGUGUGAAUCCAGACCAACAGGCAGAGACGAUCGCGGAUAUUAACAAAGUCCGAGACUGCAGCAUUCACUACGUCGCCCCCAGGGUCAUGGAAGUUGAAUUUCGGAGUCUGAGGCAGUGGGAGGCUGGGCCACACGUGCGCGGCAUGAAGAAACUACUGGCGUGGUGAUGGCAAUGUCGAGGGGUCAGCAAAGAUGACUGUUGCAGGUGCCUGACUGAUUUGCACCCGAUUGAACAUGGAAAUGUGUCGAAAGAUUGUCCCAGUUCUGAGCCGGCACAAUCAGGGACACGGUCGAGAUGCCAGCCCAAAAGAUAAAU